GAUUGCGCUGCCAUCGUCUUGUCACGCCUGCCUUCCGCUGCUCUACUCUGCUGUGCUUCUGUGCUGUGCUGUGCUGCUAACUUGCCUCCCCUCCAGCACGCCGCAAGCGACAGCUUGUCCUUCUACCUGCCGUCAGCACCCGCAGCCAUGGCCGACCCAAGAACACGACAGAUUAAGAUCAAAACCGGCGUUUUGAAGCGGCUGGCCAAAGAGGAGGCGUCCUACAAGGCGGAGGCCAAGGAGCAGGAGGAGAAGAUUGAGCAGCUGAAAGCAGCGGAGGCCGACGUUUUCCUCAUCAAGCAACACAUGGCGAGCUUGCAGGAGACCAUCAUGAUGAUCCCGGACAGCCGACGUCGCAUGACCCUCGCCCACGGCGACCUGCAGCAGUUGCUGGAAGCGGAGGAGGAGUUGUCGGAGUCAGAAGAAUACCAAGAAGCCAAAAACAUGUUGGACUCCAUUAAGCUGGAGGUGUGAGGUCUUGCCGUGAGCUUGCGUCAAAUAUUCAUUCCCCGCUUUUUUUCCUUGCCGUCUUGUUGUUCUGAUGAUGUUGCCACAUAAAUACGCUGCAGUGACUGCAACAUAUAUACAUGUCUUGUCUUGUCUUUUUGCUGCACUGCAUCCCGUCCUGAACUAUUGUCCUCUAAUAGUCUUUUUUCUGAGAUUUACAUUUGGCGCUUGCUUCCAAACAACUUGACACGCACUUGCAUAUGACCGAAAUCAGUGGAACCUGCACAGUUGCACUGUUUUGUCACACUUUGAAUGGACAUUGUGCUGCUCAUUCUGGCCACUUGGGGGCAGUGUAAAGCAGAACUGGUCCAAAAAAAAGAAAUAGGAGUUGAUCUUCGCAGAGGAGAAAGACGCGAUGUCUUUGAGUAUACCCCUAUCUGAUUGACUUCAUUGUUAAUGAAAUACUGAUUUGAAAAAUGCUUGGACUAAGACCACCGUUGAACAGAACUUUUUUCUUUCUUAUCCCAGCUAUUUCUCACCUCAAUUUAACUGAAGAUGAUGACAAUGCCUCAAUCAAGGAGUAAGAUACAUGCAAGAAAUUCCAAUAAAAUAAUAUACACAGUAA